AUGGCUGCUCCACCAAACUUCGAGGAAGGACAAUCAACCUACAGGCCCCCGAGAUUCAACGGCCAAUACUAUGGCUGGUGGAAAACUCGAAUGCAUGACUUCAUAAUGGCAGAAGACUCCGAGUUAUGGGAUGUUAUUUGUGAUGGUCCAUACGUCCCAACAAAGAAGGUAGGAGAACCUGCUGUAAUGGUGCCAAAAACUAGGAAAGAGUACAAUGAUGCCGACAGGAAAGCUGUAGAAAAGAACUUUCGUGCCAAAAAGAUUUUGGUGUGUGGCAUAGGACCUGAUGAAUAUAAUAGGAUCUCAGCCUGUCAAUCCGCCAAGGAGAUAUGGGAAGCUCUACAAAUGGCACAUGAGGGAACCACUCAAGUAAAGCAGUCCAAGAUCGACAUGCUCACCACUGAGUAUGAGCUCUUUAAAAUGAAGGAUGAUAAAUCCAUUCAAGACAUGCAUACUCGAUUCACUUCCAUUAUAAAUGAGCUACACUCUCUUGGAGAAAUCAUUCCUAGGAAUAAGCUCGUGAGGAAAGUUCUUAGCGUUUUACCCAGCUCCUGGGAGAGUAAGGUGAACGCUAUUACUGAAGCCAAGGAUCUGCAAACACUGACUAUGGACGAGCUGACCUAUGAGAUGAAGAGAAAGAAGGACAGUGAAAGAAGAGAACCAAAGAAGGAGAAGAACCCGGUACUCAAAGCUGAAAACAAUGAUUCAAGUGAGGAGGAUAGCGAUAUGGCAUACCUUACCAGAAGGUUUCAGAAAAUGGUUCGAAGGAAUGGAGGUGAUAGCUCCAUGUUGGCAGUUAAAAGUGAAGCAAAUGAAUAUGAUUCAAUAUUCGCCUUGAUGGCUCAGUCAGACGAUGAUGAAGACGAUGAUAAUGAUGAGGAUGCCUUAACCAUAAAGUUAGGAGAUGCUGAGCAGACUAGAGAUGACUUGGUUGUUUGUGUAGUUGACCUAAAGGAAACCAUAGAAAAUCUGAAAAAUGAAAAGGAGGUUCUAACAGAAAAAAUUGCUAGUGUAGAACAUGAAAGAGAUGAUUUGAUGGUAGUUGUAGUUGACUUGAAAGAAACCACUGAGAACCUUAGUAAAGAAAAGAAUGCCUUAGUGGAGAAAGUUGCUAUCACUGAGCAAGAAAGAGAUGAUCUCCUAGUAGUGAUUGCAGACCUAGAUUUAUGUGCUGAGCUUGAGAAAAAUAGGCAGCUUCAAGCAGAAUUGGAAAAAGUACAAAAUGAUCUUGAAAAAUCUCUUAAGUGGACUCGGUCCUCAUAUGCUAUUACUGCCAUGUAUUUUAACAAUUGUGGAAACAGGCAGAGAAUAGGGUUCCAAAGGGAGAAAGUUCCCUAUAACCCUCAUAGAAAGAACAAUGGACAUUUCAAGGAAAAUUGCCAAGCUAGAGUCCAGUCUGUUCAGAAAAAUAAAGUUUUUGCUGAAAAGGGAACAAUGAGAGGAAGCAGUCAACAAUGGAUCAUGGAUAGUGGAUGCUCUAAGCACAUGACUGGGAAUACCAUGGACUUCCUUUCACUGAAAGCCCUGCAAGGAGGGAAUGGAAACAAAAUGCAGUUUUUGUCAAAGAUAUGCACAGUUACUAAUCUGGUAACUGGUGAAGUGAAGGCUAGGACAUGCAAGCUUCUCUCUUCUGAACAAGUUGAUAUAGAAGGACCUAGUUUGUGGCUUGCCAAAUUCAAAGAGCACAAAGUAUGUGAUGCCUGUGCUAUAGGGAAUCAUGUGAAAUCUUCAUUCAAGCCAAAGAAUAAUUUUUUCAGAACAAAGGAUGAGACCUUCGAAGUAUUUGUAGCCUUUUUGAAGAAAAUUCAAGUGAAGAUGGAAUCAAAAGUGGGUUAUAUCAUAUCCGAUCAUGGAACAGAAUUUGACAAUGCCAAGUUUGAUGAAUUCUGCAGUGAAAAUGGCAUCACCCACAACUUCUCAGCUCCAAGAACUCCACAACAACUGGCAUGA